ACUCACUUUCCAUUUCUGCCCUAGUGUUUGUUACAUUCCAUUAAAUGCGGUUCUAUUGACGAUAUGUAUUAUGCAAUCAUCUCUUGCUUUAACAUAAUGAAUGUAUCUGAAUUAAUUUUCAGUGAUAUUCUUGUAAUUUACUCAUAAUUCGAAUUACAGUACUUCAAUCAGGAUAAAUUUAAUUGUGCAGGAGACUUUCCUCUGGAAUAACAUUUUAAAUAAGUAACUUCUAUACCACUUUCAUAAAUUUCAAAUAUUAUUCGUGUUUGAGAUAUUUAUUCGUCUGUCUUUCUUUCCGAAUGUUUCGAUUUGAAUUACUUCCACAAUGACAAGUUGGGUAUAUCCUAUCGAGUUCGUUAAUGAAGCACUCCAUAGAUGGCGUUGAAUCGAAGCACAUGGUUCAACUGGCAGUUAAAGUAUGUGCUCUGGAUCUGUUUCCAUGCCAACUAUAAGACGCGCUGAAAUUUAAAUAUUAUUUUCUAAACUAUAAAAUAUCUAUAGAAGUCAAUGAAUUAGUCAUCUGAAAGACUUGUUACGUCCUAGAAAAGAAGAGCGUAUGGACAUCGACAUGGUUGCGUCUGUUCUGGAUUAGAAGACAACGCAGAAAUUACGGUUUUCUUUUGAUUAGAGGACCAAGUUUCUGAACUGGAAACUACUUUAUAUGACCUAAGUACCAAUUUCUAAGCAUAUAUUGGGUGCAACAUUUAAAAAUUUGGGAGUUGCAUCCCUUUUUCCGAGAAGGAUGUAAAAGUAGAAACACUGCUCUGCUAUUCACAGAAUGCAAUCAUAAGAUAUUUUACCCUCUUAUUGCUCCUUUUUUGGAAAUAAUAUAAACAAAGAGUUAUAUGUGUCACGACAAUUUUCGAUGCAGUUUGCGAAAUAACCGUGUUGACAGUUCAUUGCGCGCUGCGGCAGAAACGCCAUCGCACGCAAAUGUGAGACAAAGGACUGAAACAUUAUGCUUACCUUUGUUUGUUCUUCCUCUGUCGUCUUGAACAGGGGCACUAUUGCAGUAAAGUAUGAUCCGUUAUUAUUUCGCAAAUAAUUUGUUGACAAAAAUUCCGUCGGACUGUGCAGUGUGACGUCAUAGGUCGGUGGUGGAAGAGAGGUAGGAGAGGAAAAUGGCGAGUUGUUGCUGUGGGAUGUCCAGUGAUCCGUUGUAGUAACUGCGUGAACAGAGACAUAGACAAAGUGUGUGUUAAAUGUAGUUGUCGAAGAUAGUGAUUUGAAGUGCUGAAGACGACACCAUGACAGCAAAUAUGUAUAGAGUUGGAGAUUAUGUAUAUUUCGAGACAUCAUCUACUUCGCCAUAUCAAAUUAGGAGGAUAGAGGAAUUAAACAAGACGCCGAACGGAAACGUAGAAGCUAAAGUGAUGUGCUUCUUCAGGAGACGAGAUCUGCCAAAUACUCUAAUCAUGCUGGCUGACAAACACCAAUGUGCCUUAGAAGAGGAAUGUGACAGCCGUGACAAGGAUCACCAGCUGUUGAAUGGAAAACAACGUCAUCAGCUAAAGCAUAGAGAAUUAUUCCUGUCACGUCAGGUUGAAACUCUACCAGCCACACACAUUAGGGGGAAAUGUUCUGUUACCUUACUAAAUGAAACUGAGUCUUUACUCAGCUAUCUCAAUAAAGACGAUACUUUCUUCUAUUGUCUGGUAUUUGAUCCAACACACAAAACACUUCUUGCAGAUAAGGGGGAGAUAAGAGUCGGUAGCAGAUACCAAGCAGAACCAACACCUCUGCUUAGAGAAGACGAAGAGGAUACAAGGAAUCUAGAAGAAUUAGAAACAUUGGUGUGGACACCAAAUCACCAUCUGAAUGAUAGGCAAAUUGACCAAUUUCUUGUAAUAUCGAGGUCAGUUGGAACCUUUGCACGGGCACUCGACUGUUCAAGUUCUGUGAAGCAGCCUAGUCUUCACAUGAGUGCAGCCGCAGCGUCAAGAGAUAUCACAUUGUUCCAUGCAAUGGAUACACUACAUAAACAUUCAUACAAUUUAGCAGAAGCUAUUAGUUCACUGAUUCCAUCUACCGGUCCUGUACUAUGUCGUGAUGAAAUGGAAGAAUGGUCUGCAUCUGAGGCAAAUCUCUUUGAAGAGGCUCUUGAAAAAUAUGGAAAAGACUUCAACGAUAUUCGGCAAGAUUUUCUUCCGUGGAAGACUUUGAAAAACAUAAUAGAGUAUUAUUAUAUGUGGAAAACCACAGAUCGUUACGUGCAGCAGAAGCGGGUGAAAGCUGUCGAAGCAGAAUCUAAACUGAAACAGGUUUACAUUCCAAACUACAACAAACCCAAUCCAGCUGUAAUUAACAACAAUAAGAAUGUUGUUAAUGGUAGCAGUAAUGGUGAAGCUGCUGUUGGUGGGAAAGCCUGUGAAUCCUGCAGUGGUACUGUCUCAAGUCAGUGGUAUGCCUGGGGACCAUCGCACAUGCAGUGUAAACUGUGUCACAACUGUUGGCUGUAUUGGAAGAAGUAUGGUGGGCUCAAAGUACCAUCAAGAAUUGGAGAAAAUGACCCUGACAGUAAAAAGAAGUCUGGAAACAUGUCUGAUGAAGAGAGGGCACCAUCAAACUUGACUUCUCAUCGACCACACAGGUGUAGUUUAGUGAAUUGUGGAAAAGAGUUCAAACUGAAGGCACACUUGGCAAGGCACUAUGCCACAGCUCACGGUUUGGCAAUACGUUCUGGUUCACCGAGGCCCAUCAUGAAAACCCGCACAGCAUUUUACCUGUGCACGACUCCAUUGACGAGACUCUCUCGUCGCCUUUGCAGGCACAUUAUACAACCUCGCCAUGCAGCCAGAGCGCCUUUUUGGCCUAUCAAUGUUGCUCACGUCAAGCAGGAAUGCCAGCUACAUAUGGGAGGGAAGACAAUGCUGGAACUGAAAGAGUUAAUGAGAUAUCGGAAAAAAGAGAGAGGUAGUGUAACGUACAUUGCAAACAGGUUGGGACAGUCAAAUCUUGUCACUCCUGAUUGGCUAAUCCUCACAGCCAAAGAUAUGCUGCCAAAACCUGAUCAUGUUUCUUUUCCAAAACCUCCAAAAGCACCAGAUGGCACCCUCCUGUAUGAACGUGUCCCAAAUAAACCAGAAGCUGAAAAAGCUGCCCUCAAUAACGUAUCUGCACCUCUUCUGAAGCGGCGAGCUUAUGAAGAAGUGAAUGGUAUGGAUGGUAUUGUUGUUCCACAACCGGGCCCUCCUGCGAAACGACCCAAUAAAGAAAUAGCACCUUCGCGAGGACCAGAAAACUUCCCACCUGUGGUGGGGCGAUCUGUCAUCAAUCACCUGAAUGGAAAACCCAAAAUGGCAACAAUGAUCCGUUCUGGUAGUGGUCGAAAGCAAGUAACAUCUUGGACAGAUGCACCAGAUGAUGUGUACUUUAGAUCCACAGAGGGUACCAAGAAAAUGAGAAGACAGUUGACGGGUACGGAACUGAGGCGGGCAGCCAGGAAACCGUGGAGAAAACUCAACUUCAAGGGGACAGAUGAAAUGGUGGUUAUUCUUGACUGACAAAAUGAUCCACAGACUCUCUGUUGUUAAAAUAAUUUAUACUUUUGAGAUGGGAGCCUGCUCUGCGAUUCAAGAUGGAUCUCGUGUUUGCUGCUGUAAUGCAGAUUUGUGUGCAUGAUUAGUUCAUUCAUGUGUACAUGCAUGAGUUUUGUGCUGUGAACUUCUGAAGACAAGUGAAGUGAAGUCCUGAAGAUAGUAACUUUCGUUGUACCAAAAUGUUCAGUUAUUAUUUACAAAAACUGCUGCACAAAUACUUGCCCACUGCCUACCUAGCAAGUGGUAGAACUGUAUGUGCUGAAACAGAUGGUGAUUUCUUGUACACAUUUUUCAGUGUGAAAUUGUCAAAACCAGGUGCUAUUAUCGGACACCGUAUAAUUGGAAUAUGUGUAGCACAAAAGUGGUGUUUGUGUUUUCAUGCAGCCUUUCUCUGUUACAAACAGGCUGUCCAGAAGAGUGUUCUUUGUAAAGUGAAGGGUAUCAACGAUUUACCAUUCCUCUUACUACUCAUUACAAUAAGUUGCCACCUGAAUGUGAUAAUUUUUUUAUGUAAGUAACAUUUGAUGGUGGAAAAUUGUUAAAUUUUGCUCAUGAUUCACAUUUAUAACUUGAAGCACAAAUAAAAUUUAUACGUAAUUACUCUUCCGCGAUUAUUACAUCCAGAGUGAAUUUUACUGGUGCUUAUUGGUAUGAAAAACUGACAAGUUUAUUGUGUCUUGUUAACUGCCGCUGUAUUACCUGUGUAUCUGGAAGCAGGUCAUUAAUCACUUCAAGAACAGUUUUGUUAUGCUGUUUGAGUGGUUGUGGAUUUUUUGAAUGUGUGUGCCAAGAAAUUCUUUUUGAGAAAAAAAAAGUGACUGGAGUUGUAUGUACUGCUCACCUAUGACAAGAAAUUGAUACAUAACUCAAAUGGGAUUGCUAGUUACAAGAAAGCUUUUGGCCCUCACAUAGUGCACUGUUCGGUGAAUCUGAAUGUGUAUGUAAUGAGACCUUUGCCAUGUGAGAAUUGGUUUGGGAAAGGAAGCAGUAAUAGACUUUUUUCUUUCCUGUUCUGCAUUAUUGUACAUAUAUGUAUAUUACAUCCCAAGAUCUGUAUCCUAUUUAAGAUAUGUCUGUUUCUUCCUGUUGUUGACUGUUAUUGCCAUAUUUAAAGACAUUAAUGCAAGUGGCAAUGUGGUGAUGUGCAGACCAGUUUGUAAUUCCAUAUCUAAUAAAAUACCACAUCUGUGCUAGCA